UAAUCACCUACGAAUUUUGGACCUGGACAACAAGACAUGAGAGCAUGAGUAUGAGGAUCGAGCCCUUCAUUGUUCAAGCAUAUCUGAACAGCUAUCAAGCACAUUUACUCCCAGAUUUGACAAAACUCAGAUGGCCCAUCACACGAUUGGCAGAUAAACCGGCAGGCAUGCGGUUCACAAACGGAACAGUGUUUAGACCGCCACGAUCAUUUGAACCCGUUAUGAGUCGAGGUCAGAAGGCGCUAUUCAAACGGCUUCUGGGAGUAUUUGCGGAUUUGAUGUUUGCUAAUGGACUUGGAGACCGCUUUUUCCUUAAUGCAGGGACGUUGUUGGGUUCAUUCCGACACCAUGAUAUAAUCCCCUGGGACGAGGACGUCGAUGUACUGGUUGACCUGAGGGUGCGCUCGAGAUUGCACCAAUUGUUCAGAAAUAUGAAUUCUGGAUAUUUGUAUUCCGGAAUGUAUAAUAGAGAUAAACUUUUCACAAGACAAAUUGAUCCGAACCGGGAGACAGAAGACUUAGAAUUCAGUCGAAAUACCUCCUCCCACCCAUGGCUUUGGCCAUUUCUCGAUAUCGGAUAUUACGUCGUUAAUGAAACGCAUGUGUAUGAGUUAGCAUUGUAUGGGGGGAAACAACCGAUCUGGCUACGUGAUAUGGUGUUCCCCCUGCUCUUUCGACCGCUCGGUAAGCAAUGGUUCCCUACCCCUUUUCGUGCAUUACUAUUUAUGAACUCUACGAUUCCAUUUACGCCGAUGUGUCAUUUGAGCGGAUAUGAUCACAUAUUGGAGGUACUAGCUACCAAUGCUCGGUGCCUCUGUUUUGACCUGCGUGAACGCUAUGCGUUUGUCCGUCGACGUCGGUCCAAUCAUCGUCUGGUCUUCACCGAUGAACAGUAUUGGAAGUCCAUUACGUUUAACUUGCUAGUCACAGAGGAGCAGCUGAUAGCAUACGAAUCAGCGGAGGCCACAGAGGCGACUGUUAUUCAUUCUAUACUUGUACCUGCCCAAACUGAAGAAGCUGAUUUGGAUGCGUACGAUUAUUCCAAAAAUAUGGCAUAG